AUGCGUUAUCUGGCCAAAUAUUUUAUGAAGUCGUUAGCGGCUCGUCGGGAUAAAGCCUAUUGUCAAAAAAACGGCUUAUUGCCUGGCAUGGGUAUUUAUAAGUUUUUCAAAUUUCUUUACAAAUAUCCUAACGGGGUUAGAGUUCCCGUGGGGCGUAUUCAACGAGUAAAAAAGACCACGCAAACUUAUCUUAAUGACAGCCUAAUUAAAGGCUACGAAGCCGAGGAAGAGUUAAGAGAUUAUUUUACCACCGAUAAAAAAGGCGAAGUAAAGUUAAAAAGAAAUUUCCGCCAAAUUGCCAAGGAGAAAAAUGACGGCAAUUUUUCCUAUGCGGAAAGAAAACAAAAGCCAAAAUGGACGAUAGCCGAGAUAAUAAAAAUGUGCUUGCGUUAUGCUAGUUCGGGCCGAGUAAAUAAAAGCCAGACGUGGCGAAGGUGCCAAGUCGAAUACGAGCAAUUAGGAUGUCAAAUGGUUAAGGAACACCAUACGGAAAAAAUAACGCAGUUACAGUUUAAUUUCAAUGGUUACGAGGCUUAUUGGUCGUUUAAGUUCCAGAUUGAACCGCUUUUGAGUCAGUUAGAUUUACCGAAAUUUAUCCCGUUUGCGGAAUUUCAACCGACUAACCACGAUUACUACCAAUUUGCCGAAGUUAGUAGUUAUCCGUGA